CAUGCACAAUGGAUGUGGAAUAUGAAAGACAGACAACUUGUAAUUCAACAGUACACCCACACUCAAGAUAAAAUCUUGGACCUACAAACAAAGGUGCUACUGGUGAGCAGUAGUCGCCAUCCAGACCGGUGGAUUGUCCCUGGAGGAGGCAUGGAGCCUGAGGAGGAGCCGAGCGUGGCAGCAGUCCGGGAAGUCUGCGAGGAGGCUGGAGUAAAAGGGACAUUGGGAAGAUUAGUUGGAAUUUUUGAGAACCAGGAGAGGAAGCACAGAACGUAUGUCUAUGUGCUCAUUGUCACGGAGGUGCUGGAAGACUGGGAGGACUCAGUUAACAUUGGAAGGAAGCGGGAGUGGUUUAAGGUGGAAGAGGCCAUCAAAGUGCUGCAGUACCACAAGCCCGUGCAGGCAUCAUAUUUUGAGACGUUGAGGCAAGGCUACUCCGCCAACAACGGCACCCCGGUCAUGGCCAUCAGAUGACUGAAGACCUGGAAGAGGGUGGAAUUGGAAACCAGACUGAGUGCAGACCUUCCCUCUCUCCCUUCUCUCCUCCCUCUCCUCACAGGCCUCCUCUCUCAAAUAAGGCAUGGCGGCAGAGAAAGGGCUCGGUGAUGAUGUUGCUGUUUGGUGUUAUGUGAUGGGCUUUUCUUCUCAGUUGGGGGGUGAUGUGUAAGUCCUUCUGUGCAUGAGCUGCCUCCCUGUUCACACCCUGCGUUCUCAGAGGCAAGCAGCUAUCCUCUGCCUCGGGUUCUGAGGGUUCCGUCUGUCGCAUCCUGGCCCUGGCCAGGCUCUCUUCUUCGAUUUUUAAAUUUUUUUAAAUUAAAAGAUACCAAUACGAGAUGAAAUUUUUCAAGAAUGUGCUCGUAAUGUGCUCUUCUGCCCAGUGGUUGGUCCCUUUCACUACAGGGUACAUUUAUCUACACAUUAUAUACUGGGCAUAUAAUAUGUAAAUAAGUGACUUUUAGAAGAGGAAUUUAACUGUUUAAAUGUUUCAAGAUUUUGUUUUGUUUUUUAAUUUGGGGCGUUCUGAAACAGCCUCACAAUUUGUUUUCUUUUAAUGUUAGUGACUAGACCAGUUCCCUGCCCCUCCUCUUCCCCAGUCACCACUGCAGUGAGCGGGCCGGGGGAGCACAGCCACGUCGCAGCACCCGGAUGCAUGGCCUUUCUCCUCGCAGCUGUUCCGGGCCCGGGAGGAACCGGGAAGAAACCUCGUUCCUUUUUAGUACCAAGCCAGGAGCAAAUGGCCUCCGCUCAGAUCCAGGAAGCAGUGACAGAAAUGGAAUUCCUCCCUGCGUGUUGACAAUAGGGGUUUGAACUGGGUUCUUGGGAUUACUUUCCAAAAACUGGAGCGUCGGGCCCCGUUCCUGUCCUGCUGGUUUGGGGUUUUUUCCGUCAUGCUGCUGCUCACCGACAUAGCCUCUCCUGUGCGUCCACGCCAUUGCAUGCGGGCUGGGUCUGGCCUGUGUGCUGAGCAGCCAGCUGUCCUCAGUAAGUGCAGCUGCGCAGCCCUUCCCCGCCCAGGUAGCCAUGCUAAGUCCCGAAACGUACGCAGGAAGGCAGUCCGGGUUUUGCUUGUCUUUGUAAGGUCAUAGCACUUGCAAGUGCCCCAUGAGCAUGCUCAGAAACACUGCAUGUGUCUCCCCCGCGGUGUAAGGGCCGCGAUGUGGCAGAGUGCGUAACGCUUGCUAGGACAGGUACACAGUGCACUGGCUCCCUGCAAACUCCUGUUGGGUUUGAUACAGGUCUUCUGCUGCUUCAUUUGCAGUUGUGUUGUCUAGUUGGGAAGUCGGGGUCUGAAAUCUGGAGUCGGGUGGGGAGGCACUGUUCAGCCCCUGGCUUGGGAAAGGAGCUUGUUGCCAUACCCUCAGUGGCAUCUCCUUUGUCAAAACACAGCCAAGAUGUGAAAUUAGAAUCGUAGUUCUUUAUUUAAAAAUUCUAAUAAAUACUCAAACUUUGAAAAGCUUUUGCUUUUCCCUCCCACUAGAAGAAUCUAAUGUAUCUGUUUGGCCUGUAUCGUGUAGUUUUCAGCAUUUGGGGGGUGUCAGUUGGUGAAUUUAAAUUUUGCUAUCCCCUCAGUUCGCAUCUUUUCUCCGAGUCUUAAACACAGAACCGCCGGCAGUGUCCUUCGUACCGUCCCCUCUGGGAAAGGAGCUCUAUCCCCAAGGAAGGGUCCAGCCGAUAGAGACAGCAGAUGGAUUGUCUAACUCACGGUUCACGUCCUCCUCGAAGACGGACACAGACACUGCUGCUUACGGCCUGACUUCGGGCAUUGGAGGUUCUGUUGAGAUACCUGCAGGGACAUGAAAUAAGUUCAGCCAACCACUGUGUGGAAUCCCAGAAGCACCUUCUCCAAGUGCUCCUCCCUUUGGGAGGUGGAUGGAGGUGCUUUUCCAGAGCAGUCGGUGCCUGGGAACGAACGGCAGCAUAUAGUGACUGGGGUCCGUGGUCUGGGCAGGCUUCUGGGCGAGAACAGCACUGUCCUGCGAAGCCCAGCUCGGGUUGGUGGUGGUGUCUUUGGGCCAGGAAGGUGGGCUGUGCCAAGGAAUAUUGCUCAGCGACAUGAGUGGGUGCUGUGAACUCAGUUAACGAGAGAGCGUGCGCUGUUUGCAUGACUGACCGCAGGAGGCUUUGUCCAGCGGUGUUGUCCGUGUGGCACCGGGGUUCUGAUGAGCAGGGACUAGUGUGGCCCCCGGCACUGCGAACACUGGCUGCCGUGACUGCACUCACAGUCCUUUUGUGUUAUCUCCCCAGAGAAAGGAAGGGAGAAACAAGAAACCACAGAAAGUGCCCUACUUGCAAAAUUCUUUAUUGACACCAGUUUGCCAUUAGUUCUGCCGAUAGAAACAGGUGUGUGUGUCCAGGGCAGAGACCACCUCUCUCACAGGGAGUCUGCAUGCUCUGGAUUCUGGCAUCGCCUGAGCGUCCAGCCGAGGCCACACCCUCAGGAUGGAGAAGGGUAGUAGUGGGUCUUUAAAUUCACAUUUGUGUUUAGUUUGUAGAUUGCAGCCAUUGGGGAAACACAAGUGAGGUCAUGCCAUCCUCAUGGACCAGGAUGUGUGUGUGUGUGUGUGUGUGUGUGUGAAAGAGAGAGAGAGAGAGAGCUACUCUCAGGAGUCAGAUGUGUGAGUUUUUUUUUUAAUGUUUUCAUUUUUUAGAGAGAGAGAGAGAGAGAGAGAGAGAAGCCUGGGUGUGAGAAGCAUGUGUUGGAUUGUUGGUGGCCUUCCCGAGCAGGGCAGCAAAUGAGACAGGAGUCGAGCUUUCUCACAGCAGACGUACAGGACGGACACAUUAAUGAAUUGACUUGUUUUUACAAGUGUCUGCUGCCCGGUGCCCUGCAUAGAGAGGGCUCCGUCACUGAGUCUGAGCUGAGCCCUGGGGAGGGUCAAAGCGGUGCGGUGCUGCCCCCCUCGCAUGGCAUGCAGUGCCUGGGCCGCGGCUCCGGCCGUGGGGCGUGCUGUGGGCGUAGGGCACUGGGCCUGACUCCCCAGCCUCUGGGGAGCGGGGUCACUGCCCUCUGAGAGUGUUUGCAGCGGUUUUGUAAACAUGUUGCUACAGAGUCAAGUUCCUUCAUGGCAAAAAAAAUACUUUCUGUUCUGCUUUGGAGUCAGCCCUGUGCGUUCUCAGUCUUGUUUGGAAGAAAAGGUUCCAGGAAGGACCGUCCUCCUCCCUCUCCCCCCCUUUCUCUUCUCCACGGACAGUGUCGUGGAGGCCUGGCCUCUGCCGGAGGACUGGCCGUCUCCUGUGGGGCUUGUGUGCGUGGCGAGGGCCGUGCUGGACUCGCUCCCGUUUCCAUCUGGCCUAGAGUCGCUAGCACCGCGGCGGCCUCCCCACCUGAUCUCUUUUUUAAACAGCUUAGCCUGAGCCACGUUUUUUUAGUUUACAGGAAGGAUUUCAUAACAAUGUGAUUUUGCCACAACUGUGAUUUGUAAUGUCCUGAAGUGCUCUGUAAGCCUGUCGCAGUUGAGAGUAGGUUUAGAAUUAGAAGAGAUGCCUGCAGAACCUCCAGUGGGAUGCAGUUCUGCCUUAAGAGAAAUGAGGGUUAGCGACCAUUGACGAGAUAGCGUCAGCCUGGGCACGACUGCAUUGCAGAAAGUAACCCACAUUGACCAGAAACAGUGGAGACAUCAGGACAGUUAGGUCAGCAGCUCCUGGGCGGGGACACCAUGUAAUGGCGGUGAACCGUGCAGACACUUCUCUAGUUCUUACUCUUGAAGAUGAGGAGGCCGGAACUGCGGCGGUGAGGUCACACGGCCUGGCCAGUCGCUUCCUGUGCGUCCUGCUGGGUGGCACCUCCUUCCCGGCUGCAGAGGCCGCUCCAUCGGGCACCGCCUGGCUCGGAGCAGAGGGGACAGCGGCCCAGGGCCUGCCUCUCGCGGUCAGAGCUGUGCUCCGUGACACUUGAGAUGUCACUGAAACAGUGGGACAUGGAGAUUGUCAGGUAGAUUGUAAACGGAAGCACUGACUGCAGCCUGUCAGGAGCCCACUGUCCGAGUCGGGUCAGCUGCGGUCACAGCCUUGGGGCCCGGGGACUAGGCAGACUCCUCCACUCCUGCCUCGCGGCAGCGGCGCUUUCCCACCACGUUCUCGCCUGAGCUGAUGCCCUUUCAAGGAUGGGAGAGGCCUAAGCAGGACACCUGAGAAAAUGACACCUCUCACCUUCAGAUUAAUCACAUCAUCUGUCCUCCAAGUCCCCUUAAAAAUUAAUAAAGAGAGAAGCAAAAAUCCCAUUGGGGUUGGUUCGGACAGGCUCCUUGUGCUGAGGCGAGUGGUCACCCGUGUGGUGCAUCUGCAAUGUGAAGUUUUCUAAGUAAAAAGGCAUGUCUGCCUCUCCGAGGCUUCGCAAUCGAUCAUUCACAGUGGCAAUCAGCGAGCUUGAGCUUGUCUCAGAGUGAGACUGCUGGGCAGGGAGCUGCGGUUCGCUCAGAACCCAGCGUGCCCGGAGGCUGUGCUGGAGAGGAAAUGAGAUGGCGGGCUGUUCCUCCAGCAGUCAGUUGUUUCUGUGAUUGCUCUAGGUUUCGUUCGGUUUACAUUCCAUUCUUAACCCCAAAGGGGCCAUCAGAACACCAAAGGAGGCAUUUAAAACCCUGGAGGUGGCCUUUAAAAGAUACAGUAAAGCAGUGUUGUCGCUCCCUGGGCUCAUCAGCCAGCCCAGAGGGAAGGUUUUGUUAAUCAUUGAGUUGAAGAGCUUUAAGACUGGUUCUGGAACAAUUACAUACUAAAUUGCUUGCCAUCUGUGGGUGUACCUGUGAGCGAACAUCUUGACAGUCCAGUAAAACCACUCUGGGCUUGAGGUCCCAUUUAGGUCAGAAUCUUAAGUCUUUGUAAUUCCUUAGGAAAACGCAAGAUGCCCGAUCCGAUCCCGCUGCCGGCCGCCGCCUCCCCUCCGCUGUCCGGCAGGUGGGCGCAGCAGCUCACCUGCAGGAAGCGGUGUCCCACGCUUUCCUGGAAACCCCACGUAACUAACGCUGAUGCGAGCCCGCCCGCUGAGCACUUUGUGCUGAACUGAAAUGUCCCCUGACGCGGCUGCAGGCCCAGGCAGCCUCUUUGGUGUCCUGUUGAAAAAGGCCUCUCAGGCUCACUGGCACAGGACCCGAGAAGACAUCUAGUUCUGGUUACUUGACUCCAGCAGCAUAACAGACGUGACUUAACGCUGGGGAAGGUCGAGGCUCAUUGUAGAGACACUGGGAGCCAGGACGGGUCUGCUCCACAGGAGCCUCCCGGGCAGAGGGGCAGUGAGGCCGUGGCAGCUUCCAGCGCUGAGUUCCAGAGGACUCCGGGGGCUUCUGCUCAGCCAGCAGGCAGGAGAGAGGGAAGGAUCCCCACGGACAUGGCAGAGGCUAGGCCACAGUGCAACCUGCCCGUCACCUUCCCACACGCUCAGAACCCGAGAGGCUCCCUCCAAAUUCAAAUUUGCUUCGGUGUCUGGUUUAGCCUGAGAACGUCACUCUUCGCUUCCGCCCGUGGGUGGACAUGUGUGGACGCUGCUCAGGGCACAGCUGCAUACGUGAGGCCAGGGCCAGGGGCCUAGUGUUGAGUUUAGCAGUUAGCCAAUUAGAGUCGGUAACUCUAUUGUAAAAGAAAUACAGUAUGUGGUGCGGUGUUGUAAAUGUCAGGUCUGUAUUUAUUGUUUUGUGGUCUGAAAACUUUCAAACUGGUUUAUAAUCAAAAGGUUGGUGGUUAAAAUAAGUAAAAUGUCAGUACAUCCAAGUACCAGUGUGCCCCGUGUGUGAGGACGUUCAGAGCAUUGGAGGGUGUUGGGAGCUGUUAUAAAAGUAAAGCAAGUGUCGGGCCUACCCAAGUGUGUUACUCCCAGAGAGCUUAGGCGCAUCUUCAUACUCGCUCUUGCCGGCCCAGCCUUUAUUUCAAGGACUUUGUCUUCCGUCCCAUCCAGUGAACGUGGUAGGGCGGGCUCUGAGGAGUAGGCAAGCCCUCGCCCUGUUUGCUCAGCUGCAGGGUUUGGUCUCCAAACAGCAUAAGGUUUAUUUAAGGUGAUUCCUCACUAGGGUCACCUCCACUCCUUCAUCUGCCCUGGACCAUUCCAGCUCUAAAACACGAGGUUCGCAUGCUUCCAAACCCUGCGGCGAGUUCAUAAAGGUAUUUCCAGGGAACCCUUUGGAUUGAGGCCAAGCACCCAGGAUGUAUUGAGUUUGAUUUUUUCCAAAGGACAGAAGUCUUAGUUGCUUCCCCGUGGUGUUCAUCCAUGUAACGGAGGCUCAAAUGGCCAAGUCCAGUCAAGUCUCCAGAACUGAGAACCAGGGGCCUGUGUACCCAGGGGCCAGCUCCUGGGAUCACCAGGCUCCUGGACGGUUCUGGUCCCACCAGAACUCUGCCGCUGUUCCUGUGCGUCGGGGUCACUCAGAAGCCCACGUGUCAGCCUUCCCGCCAUCAGGUCGCUCGGACCGCUCUACCAAGUGGGAGUGUGUACCGUUUAGGCAGUGUGCUCGGGUUUGUACAAAGGGGAGAAAGUGGAGAGAUCGGCAGAAAUAACCCCAGAUGAGCUCGGCAGAACGGGAAUCCAGGGACCGGCGCUUGUACAGGAGGAGGUCCUCUAACCUCCUGGGACCUGGUGCUGCAUUGUGAGUCAGUCUGCACCCCAAUCCUAAUGCACUCACUCCAGGACUUACGUUCCACCCAUGGCUAUAUGGCCUCGUUUUCUGUUCCUUUUGUUUCCAAACAACCUUGCUUGGUGUUGCAUGGAAACAGGUUUUCCUCCCUGCCCACCUAGGCCGCCUGCCCAGGCCCAGGCCCGGCCUCUUCCCUGUGUCUUCACAGCACCCUGAGGAAGACAGUGCCCCCAGCAGCCGUGGGGAGGGGGCUGCGGUCCACAGACACAAAGGGAACGGAGCUUUCCUGUUUCCCUUUCUCAAGCAGGGUUGCUGGGGCACCUUCACACCUCUCCUUACGGUGCUGUUAGCUGUGGAGGAGGGGAAAGAAAGGGGAACAGGGACCAGCACCAGGUUUGGGUCUGAGAGGUGCACAGCAGAGGUGAGUCCCACGCCCCCCUGUAACAGCAGGCCAGCCACAUGUAACCAUUCCCCUUCUCCCCUCAAGCGUCGGCUUAUGUGGUGCCAGCAAGAGGGCACACAAACCCCUCCCCGCGGCCCAGAGCUUUGGUAGUGCCCCCGAAACUCCACCCCACAUCCCACUUCUUUCUGUACAAAUGCUUAAACCUGUGAGCGCGCUAUUCCUCUCUCUGUUAAUCAGUUUUCUUCUCCAUUUGAGCUGUGGGAGAGGGAAGGGCAUUGGAAUCGUAGGUUGUAAUCUUGUGCCAACCAAUAAAAACCAGUAUUUCAUGCACAUCCA